AUGGAAUACUCAGCACUAAGCAACUGCGUGAGGCGAACAAUAUUCUCUAAUCAAAUACAAGAGAGGCCAGAAGAGAGUAGUUGGACAAUGUACUUUGAAACCGAAGAUGGAUUAGGUCAUUACGACGAAUCUUCUAUGAUCUCAGACGCUGCAUCUCCUCUAGUGUCUGUGGAAGAAGACACUGCGUCAUCUCCUUCUAACAGAACCAAGGUUUACAGUGAAAUGGAGGACAAUACGAUUGAAGAAAAAACUAUGAUCAAUACUAAAACUGAGGUGAAAGGAUUGAAUAAAAAGGGUAUAAUGAAUGAAGAAUAUUGCGCAGAAUUGAAGAAGAGAGGGCUUUGCUUAGUUCCUCUGUCGAUGUUGUCUAACUAUAUUGGUUGA